AUGACACAAGGGCAGUGGACCCAGGUGGACUGGAACCACAAUAUCAACUGGCUGGAACUCAGGGCAGUCCACCUGGACCUCCGGCACUUCCAGCAGUUGGUCUUGGGCAGACACAUUCUGGUAUUGACUGACAAUGUGGCUGCCAAGGCGCAUAUCAACGGCCAAGGGGGUACCCGCUCCAGGUCCCUCAUGCAGGAGGCCAAGCAGCUAGGCUCUGGGCAGAGAGUGGAUCUGUUUGCUACCCUAGACAACAGCCAGCUACACAGGUUCUUUGCCAGGUUUGUGGCACCGGGGAUGGAGAAGGUCAAUGCUACUCCCUCUACACUGGGCAAGAAGGUCACAUCAUCAACAGUGGGUGACUGGAAAAGGGCAUGCAUCAUCAAUGCCGACAAACUUCAGGCCUUUCCAUUGCCUCAACGGGUGACAGCCCAUUCUACCAGGAGUGCAACCACGACAGUGGUAUGGGCAACACAGCCCAUUCCACCAGGAGCGCAACCACGACAGUGCCGAAAAGAUAUUCCUCUGGCAAACUUCACCAUCCACGAGAUCCACUGCAGCCGGAACAUUGGCGUCUGCCCCCUCUGCAAGGAGUCCUUCCCCAAAGCGGAGAUGAGGGCUCACCAGGAGCAAGAGCACGCGCAGAUUGUCUGUAAAUGCAGCAUGAGAAUGGACAGGGGGCUCUUACAGGACCAUGUAGCUUUCGAGUGUCCCUUGCGGCCUGUCGUGUGCCAGCACUGUGACAUUGAGCUGGCUUUCUGCAAGCUCCAGGACCACGAGGAUUAUUGCGGGGCCCGGACUGAGCGAUGCGGCCGGUGCAACCGCAACAUCAUGCUGCGCGAACUGAAGACGCAUCCCAUCGACUGCGGGGAGAAGUCCGGGGCGGGGGAGCCGGGCGGCCAGGCGAAGCCGCCUUUCAACCCUGAGGCCCCCUGGCGCAACGUCCAGACCAUCAGGAACGUCCUGCGGCCGGAUUCUGCCGGAGAGUCGCCUCUGAGGGGCAACAGGUUCCUGGAGAGCCAGCUGCACAGUUGGGUCUCGGGGGAUCAGCUGCCCGGGGAACCCGGCUGGAGGAACCGAGGCGCAUCCCAGCCAGAUCGCAAUCGAGCCUGUCCGGAAAAGGCCGCCCCACCGCUCUCGCCUGGGGACGGAGAGUCCGACUACAACUUGGAUUACCUGCUGGCGCUCAGCUUGCAGCAGGAAAACAGCUUCGGCCAACGCAGCGUGGCGGAGCUCCAGAGAGAACUCUGGAAGAACAUCUGUCCCCCGCAGGCCGGGCCAGCUGACCACUGUGGCAAAGCGAAGAACUCCAGGGACCCCUCUCAAGAUUUGCUGCGAGCAGCCAACAACCUGAACAGGCCCAAAACGGAGACCCUGCUGCCUUGCGAAUUCUGCGAGGAGCUGUACCCCGAGGGAGACCUCAUCCUUCACCAGACGGGCUGCAACCCCGCGAGUGCCUUGGCCUCCUUCAGCAAGAGGAGCAGCCUGGUGCCACCGGCGGAAUCCCGGAGCAGCCUGUGGGGGGAGCUGCCCGGCAGUCGCUCUGCGGGCAGCGGGGAGACCCUUCCCCCCCAGCACGGCAUGCAGGACAGCCUCCUGCUCCCUUGCGAGUUCUGUGGGGUCCAGCUGGAGGAGGAGAUCCUGUUCCACCACCAGGACCAGUGUGACUUGCGCCCAGCCACCGCCCCCUCGAGCGGAGGAACGCCUGUGCCGUCAGGGUCUCCGGUCCCGGAAAGCUCUCUGAGGACCGAGUCUCCGGAUCUCCUCAGAAGACCCAUCCGGCAUCAAGGUGAGCUCCCUCCUCACUACCUGGAGCAGCUUCAGCAGAAGCCGCCUUUCCAGCCUGCUCCAAGGAGCUACUCGCAGGUGGCAGCCCGGCGCAUCCAGCUGGCCACUCCCAACAACCGCCGGGAGGAUCCGGUUGCUCUUUCCAGGGCCAGGAAACCCCAGAACCUGGGAGACGGCGAAGGGAGGAGCCCAGGCCGAAGCCCGAGUGACCCUGUGGCCGCUCCUCUGCCUGCCCGAUAUCCCUCCUCGGACUUUGCUCCCAGCACCUAUAUCCCAAGUUUCCCUCUGGCACUCCCGACUCGCCCAAGCAUAAGACAGGAAGGAGGACCGCGUCCUGCGUCUCCGCCGCCCCGUUUCAAUAACGCCGCCAAG